GUGCGAGCUGCAGCUGGGAGAAAUCGCGCUCCGGCUCUGCAUUUAAACGUGGCACCACCUAAGUUUCCCUCUCCUUUCAGAAUAUGAAGAAAAAGGAAGGAACAGCGGGGAACACCAGACCACGUCCUGCAGGUCCUGGGGGCCUGAGCUUGCUCCCACCACCUCCUGGAGGAAAAUCUUCCGCUCCGGUUUGUCCUUCUGGAGAGCGGCCAUCAUCGCUCUCUGUGCCCGCCCAGCUCCCGGGCACCCCCAUCACAGAUGCCCUCUUGGCCUGGCCGCAGCCCACUGCUGCUCCCGCUGCAGCCGCCGCUGAUGUCUGGGGAGACUUUGCCAAAGCUUCAGGAUCGGCUUCUAGCCAGACUCAGGCAAAUGCAGGCUGGGUUCAGUUCUGAUCCAGGCCCCUUGUCUGCUUUUUCCUGUGUGGGUGCUGGAAUCAUCGAGAUUCCUUCAGGACCAAAACUGGGGCUUUGGGACACCCUGCUCUUGCCCUUAAAUCUCUGGCAUCGAAAUGAUGAAAUAAAUGCUAGAGAGCAAAAGAACACGUGCCUUAAAACACUCCACACCAGCACCCUCCCCAUCGGGGGCCUUUUAUUUUCUGCCUGGAUUGCAGCAAACCUCUGAGGCUUCUCCUUUGCA